AUGGCGGAACCGUCCUUCAUGGCCCUCGUCGGCCGCAUUCUACCUAUCGCCUUUUGUGUUUUACUAUUUUUUGCCAUCACCGUUCACCAAGUCUAUCCAUCCGAUGAUCCAUAUCGCUGCAGGGCUCUCCUGGGAGAGAGCAAACGAAAUGGGAGCUGGCUUCAUGUACCAGACGUGACGGGUGCGAGGAAGCCGUUCAGCAAUUGGCAACCCGAUGGGUGUAUGCUCCAUCACUACAACGCGGCAGAGAUUAAAGAAUGCAUGGGCGAUCGUCAUGCUGUCUUUUCGGGAGACUCUACAACAAGGCAGAUCUUCUGGGGAAUGGCCCGACUGUUAAAUCGCAAAGCAGCGAACAAGGGGCGUCAUGAACUUAGCCCUCACAGAAGUUACAACACCACCUUUGCAGGUGUACGAUUGAUCCAUAUCUGGAACCCAUACUGGAAUACUGUUAGGCACAAAAAGUAUCCUCUGAGACCCCAGCUCGAGUUGAUGAGCGACAACAAGCAUGACCCCUCCAGCGAAGAGAAGGAGUCUGGGCAGCCUGGCCUCAUCAUGCUUGGUGCUGGAGCCUGGUACGCUGGCAACUAUUACGCCAAUGAGUCCGAGGUGCAAUUCGAAAAGGCCUUGGACAACAUCACGCAGAUUCUCCAACUUGGCGACCUACCCACGUUCGGUACAGCACAGAUGGAUCCUGUCGAGGGUAUCGGUAACGAAGUUUUUAUCGCUCCCGUUGCGCCUCCAUUCUAUGCUCAAAUGCCCGCUGCACGAACCGGUCCCAAGGGUGUUCAUCGUGGAGAGGUCGAAGCCAUCGACGCUUACACUUAUUCGCAAGAGAAGGAUCACAACCUUCGCCUACUACGCGCCUUUCCACAGCUGUCCCACCACCAACCUGAGGCUAUUGUCGACAAGACCGGAACUGGCUUUCAUGUUAUCGACUCCGUCGCCGAGAUCAAAGCGAACAUCCUGCUCAACCUGCGAUGCAACGCGAAAAUGGACCGAAGGUCUGGCUACCCUUACACUCGAACAUGUUGCACUGACUAUGGUGGUCGGUCAUGGGUACAGAUUGUAAUCCUUGCCAUCAUUGCCAUUUACUCCAUUGCCUGCGUUUUCUUCGAAGGGUUCACCUUUGUAUCAUCGCUAACUGUCAAGGGUGUUGACAUGAAGGUUGGCAUUUUCGCAGUCGCUCUCAUUUACUGCUAUGCCGCCGAUCGUACCCACCUAUUCUCUAAGGGCAUGAAGGAAUUCGUAUCAAACGAAUUCUACCUUCUCAGCGGUAUCUGCGCCAUUUUUGGCGGACUCACCAUUCGCAAGGUCCAGUUCCGCGCGCCUCGACCGCCUCCUGCCGUAGUCGCGACUGAGCCCGAGUCGGAACCAACGCCUGCGCCCGUGACGCCUGUAGUCCAAGACGCAGGUAUUCUAGCACGCGACCAGACUGAAGAAUGGAAAGGAUGGAUGCAAGCUGCUAUUCUUGUUUACCAUUGGACCGGGGCUUCUACCAGUCUCCCCAUUUACAUCUUCAUUCGAUUGCUUGUUGCUGCGUACCUCUUCCAGACUGGCUAUGGUCACACCAUCUACUUCCUGUCCAAGAAGGACUUUUCAUUCCGUCGCAUCGCAAGCGUUUUACUCCGUCUCAACAUACUCAGCUGCGCACUCCCAUAUGUCAUGGGAACCGAUUACAUGUUCUACUACUUUGCACCACUAGUCAGCUUCUGGUUCCUGGUUGUCUAUGUCACCAUGGCUGUCUGUUCCAGCUUCAAUGAUAGCUUCAAAGUUGUGGGUAGCAAGAUCUUGGCAUCCUUCAUCUUUUUUACACUGGUGCUUAAUGUCACCCCUCUCAUGAAAUGGCUUUUCGCCAUUCUUGAGCUUGUCUUCCGCAUCAAGUGGGACCUCAAUGAGUGGGAGUUCAGAGUCACCCUCGAUGGAGCCAUUGUUUUUGUUGGAAUGCUUGCUGGUGUCGUGCACCAGAGAGUAGAGCGUGAUGCAUUUUGGUAUACCAACUACAAGUUCGCCGUCAUCCCAUCUCUGAUUGCUGUUUUUGGCUUUGGGUACUUCUGCAGCUCCAUGGAAACCAAGGCCAUCUACGUCUUGUUGCAUCCUGUUAUUUCCAUCUUUCCUGUCCUCGGCUUCAUCGGUCUUCGAAACGCCAUUACCCCCUUCCGCAACCGCUACUCUACAGCCGCAGCCUGGCUUGGAAAGUGUUCCCUUGAGACCUUUAUCCUGCAGUUCCAUGUCUUCCUCGCUGGAGAUACAAGAGGUGUUCUACUGUUGGAUAUCUUCAAGGGAGAUGGCAGUCUAAUCAACGAUCGUUGGAGAGCUCUGGCGGUUAUCGUGCCCGUCUUCCUUUGGAUCAGCCACUUGGUUGCCGAGGCAUCGGGCCAGAUUGUGAAACUCAUUAUGGGCGAGUCCAAGCCAAAGCCGACUUUCCAGGAUAUUGAAGAAGAUGAUGAUGAGAAUCAACUUAAGAUUGUUGAGCCAGUGUGGGAGAGCAUGCCCAUGCUUAACAAUGUGCACUUGGAUCGUGCCAAAGACUUUUGUAAAACCGUUAGCACAGGACUUCACGUGCGUGUCGGUGCCAUUCUGGGAGUGAUGUGGCUCCUGAACUGGUCGCACACGGCUCCCCAGGCUUCGUAUGAGGCAUGA